CUCAAUAUUCUGAAACCAAAAAACUAGUAGGUUUCUUACUCAUGGCAACUGCAAGGGAAUAUAUAGAUCGACAAAUUUCAAAAAUUACUGUGGAGUAUUUUGACAAAUUGGCAGCAGUACUGUUAGAUUGCAGGUAUGUAUGUCUUCCCAAAAUCCCGAAUUGGUACAGACUCUCAAAUGUUGCCUCAUAAAUCAAAUCUAAUGUUGCCUCAUAAAUCAAAUGGCAGGAAGCAUAUUCUGUUAGAUAAGUCUGCGUUUUCCUCUUCACGUGGGAUCACCAAUACAAGCGAGUGGCCUUGUAUACUCUUUCCGGGUGAGGAGUCUUGUAUAAUUACAGGUGGGUUCGGCGACGAUGCCAUUCCAAGGCUGAGAUUUGAAGCACCUAAAGUUAAAGCGUCUCUUCAAGAGCAUGCCAUUCCAAUUCAAUAUCAAACUUCCCGUGGUGGCGGUGGUCAGAUCCAUAACCGGCAGGCUGAUGCAGAUGGUAAACCUGUGGAUUCAACUCCUUCCAACCGGACCGGUAAUGCACCAGCAAUGUUUGAUAUCGAAGCCAGAGGGGCUGUCUCAACCGCAGUAAAUUCUUCUCCACCAAGCAAAACUGUUAAUUCUGAAGAAGAAUCAUCUGAUACUGAAUAUGGAUUUUCCUCCUUUCCGGCAGGGAGCCAAACUCCACCUCGUGAUAAUGAUGGAAAGAAGGAAACUCCAUCAAAAAAUGAUAAUAAUAAUGGGGUAAACAAAACUCCACCAAAUGGUGACCAUAAAGGUAAGGACGAACUGGAAAAGGCCAUUAUGUUGGGAGGUCAAAUCAUUUCCAUUGCGGCUGCAGUUUGGGCCAAGAACUCCGACAUAAAAAUGUCAAGUGAAGCUAAAUGCCUUUGGUAUUUUCUUUUAGCUUGCGUUGUUCUCAGCCUUGUCUCUUUUUUCUAUAGUUUAUUUCUAUCUGGGUAUGAACGAAUUCGCAAAGUUGCAUGGGUUAUGAGGGCAAUUGGCAUUGUUGCAACGGCAUUGGCCCUUGUGACCGCCAUUGGGCUCCACUUGCCCAACGAGCUGAUGAUUUGGGGCACUUUCGGGGUUUGCGCUCUAAGCGCACUAGCUAUCAUUUGCUUUGCAUUGACAUACUAAUCGAGCUGAUGGAAUGAAAUAUUAGUAACUAUUUUCUGAUGUUUUGGGAUUGUGUAAAAUAACGUUUUGAGUAUUUUUUUGUUUCUCAUAUUUCA